UGCACGGAACAUAGGAGACGACCGGUGGUAUUGGCCUGGAGCUCAUAUCUUUGACACAAAACUAUGGGGAAAUUACCGUAUGAAAUUCCUGACUGGAAUAAAUGGAAGGUAGAGGAUGUUCCCGAGCUCAAACAAGUUCAGGAUAGGCUUGCAAGGAAGGGUUUGAGAGACCCCUGGCUGAGGAACGAAGUAUGGCGCUAUCAACAUUACAUGCGCGGUGCAUCAUGGACACAGUUGCUGUUCAGAGGGCUAGGAUGGGGUACAGCUGCAUUUGUUGUUGCCGUGGGUGCGGAGAAGCUACUAUGGAAAGAAGACGACCAUGGCCACGGUAGUGAACAUCAUUGAGAGAUCCCAUUACUUCCAAGAUAGAUGGGGGCCUACAUGUACAUUGAUUGAGCAAGCCCACUCGUCUUAAAAGACUAAUUCAGUCAUCGAGACGGUGCAAGAGGUGACGCUCAGCAAGUUUACACGUCUCUGAGAGAGCGGAGCAAAUGACUGAAUUAGACCUUUGGGAUACAGACAAUUCUUGUGUGUGGAAUUCAACAGAGUGAUAUGAUCUAAUACCGAGUUGCCGUAACAGAUUUAGCAGACAGACAAAUUUUUAUGCCUACUUUUUUUCUGCAUGAGGGCACUUUUAGUAGCGAAUUUCCUUACCCGUCACAAUUACUUGUACCUUAUUUUGACUGCCUAAUAAUAAAUAAAUACCAAACCAAACAGGUUUGUUAAUUGUAAAAAUUGGUCCACAGAUCUGCCCUCAUGCAGUUAAACAUACUGUGAAUUGAAAAAUGGACUUUAAAAA